AACUCAACGACUCAUUAGUACUACUUAAUGAUCAUAUAUAUAUAUAAAACAUUUGUAGUUUACUCAAUACCAGACAACAAAUUAAUCCAAAAUGCAAGUUGAAAUCUGUGAUACUACUUUAAUAGUCCCACCAAAUUCACCAUUCUCCGAUGACCACAUCGUCCUCUCUCUUUCCCACAUCGACAACGACCCCAAUCUCCGACUCACCUUCCGUUACCUCCGGGCCUACGUUAACAGUACCACCACCAACCACCCAUCAAACCCAUUCCACGUCAUCUCUUCAGCCCUCUCUUCCGCACUAGUUCCCUACUACCCUCUCACCGGCACCCUCCGAUCUCUUCCGGAUCGGCGGCUGGAGCUGGUAUGUUCAAAAGGUCAAGGCGUCCCCUUUGUACGGGCCAAAGCGAGCUGUACACUUGAUUCUCUGGGUUACCUCGAUAACCCGGAUACCCAUUUUGUCGAACAGUUGGUGCCCACCCCAGGUCCGGACGAAGCUCUGGCUCACCCUUGUAUGCUUCAGAUCACGAUGUUUGAUUGCGGCGGGUUCACUCUCGGUACCGCACUUCACCACUCGCUCGCUGACGGACUCGGCGCAACUCAGUUCUUCAAUGUAAUGGCCAAGUUCGCUCGGGGAGAGGGAUCGUCGAUUAUGCCGGUAUGGAACCGGGAAAGUUUGUUGGGUCCCCGUAAUCCGCCACGUGUCGAGGCGCCGAUUCGGGAGUUCUUGAGUUUGAAGAGUGGGUUCUCUGCCUACGAACAAUCGAUUGGUCCGGUUGUGAGGGAAUGCUUUGAUGUGAAAGACGAGUGUCUGGAUGGGUUUAAGAGCCAAUUAUUAAAGCAUUCUGGUUUGAAUUUCACCACGUUUGAAGCUCUCGGAGCUUUCAUUUGGCGAGCAAAAGUGAAAGCUUCCAAGAUCCCAGGAGAUGAGAUAGUAAAGUAUGCAUACUCACUCAACAUAAGAAAGAUAAUGAUGCCCCCAUUACCAGGGGACUAUUGGGGCAACGGUUGUGUUCCAAUGUAUGCCAAGAUGAGAGCCAAUGAUUUAGUGGAGAAGCCCAUUUGGGAAACGGCAGAGGUGAUCAAGAUGAGCAAAAGAAACGCCACUGAGGAGUACGUACGGUCCUUCAUCGACUUUCAGAGCUUACAUUAUGGUGAAGGCAUUACUGUUGGGAAAGAGGUGAGUGGGUUCACGGACUGGAGACACUUAGGACACUCUAAUGUUGAUUUUGGUUGGGGUGGUCCUGUCACUGUAUUACCCCUCUCCACGCACCUUCUUGGGGGGCUCGAACCUUGCUAUUUUUUGCCUUACUCUUCGGCCAGUGUAGGGAACAAGGAUGGUUUCAAGGUUUCGGUGACUUUAAGAGAGUUUGCUAUGCCUGCAUUUAAGGUCCAGAUGGACAAGUUUAGAAGUGGAGAUUUUGCCCUUGUCAUAAAUAAAGAUUAGUUUAACUUUGUAAUAAGUUUUUCAAUUGAAGCAUAAUAAAAUAAACAGAUUCAUAAAAAUCCCUAAACUGCUAUUGAUUUCAUAUUGUCACUUGUGGACAUAAAUAAAGUAUAGAUAUAGAUUCUUAUAA